ACAUUAAAAAAUCAUGUUUGCAGUGCCGUCUUCCUUUUCAUCCCUCUCACGAUAUCAAUAAUUUAUUUAGUGUAGCACCUCCUCUGUUGGCUGGUUGGCAUUCACAGUCGUGUGGAAACGUGAGUUUUCCUGAGUCUGUAAAAUACCACCAACACCCUCGCUGUUUUCAUUAGGAGGAUAAGUAGCAGCGAGGUGCUGCUAAUGAAAAGCACUUGAUGACAAUCAGCACCUCUAUAAAAGCACAAGUUCUGUCAGUUUACUGGUCUGUACCAUUCGGCUGUGUGUUAACACAAUGCCACAAUCUCCCCAGCAAAUUCAACCCCAGGUCAGACCAUGUAAUGAGAAAAAAGAAAAAAAGCCACAUUUCAGACUCUACAGUCAGCACGUUAAAUGUCAUGACUGUACGAUUAAAAAAAAGAAAAAGUACGGCUUGUUUAGAAGACUGCGCCCCCUUUUUUGGUGCAUAAAAUUCAAAUAACAAAGUCCAUAAACAAAUUCAUCUAAAUCCAACAGGGGUGACAGAAGGAAGCGUGCUAAGAGUAAACAAACACUGUAACAGAGGACAAGCAUUAUUUAUACUCGCACAGUGACCAGAGACACAGCUGGGAGGAAACAAGACACAGGUGGAUACAAUCGGCACAAUCACAGAGGAGGAAGUAAGACUGAACACAAGACAGAAGACAACUAAGUAGCAAAUUAAAACAGGAAGAAAGUAACAAUAACUAAACCGGGAAACUCGAUACAGGAAACAGACACAGAAGGAAAGUAGGAGAAAGAACUGAGGAAACUAAUAAACUCUGACAUAAACAGACCUUUAAAGUCUCAGGGCAUGACAUACUGUGCAUUCAGACAUGAAGUCUAUGAGCUUUUGUUUUUUGUCUUUUUAUUCUAUGGCCUGUCUUCCCACAUAUGACCUCCAAUUUAAAUUAUCUUAUGGACUUUUACUAGCAAAUUUAAAAAAGAAUAACUCUCUUGGUUUAUGCAAAGGUUUCAAUCAGAUGAAGACCCUUAAUUUUUAAAGCUUAUUAUAUAAGAGCCCCCAUAAUGCACUUGGCAGUCCUACCUGCGAGAGCAAAUAAUGAGAGCGAGUGAAUAAGAGGGAGAAAUCAGAUCCCAUCUCAAUGAAAAUUCUUUAUUUUAAGUCUUUAAAAAAAUCCUACCUCUGCCACUCAAUGUGGGUUUUUUCCUCUUCUCACAAAGUAAAACUUAAUCUAAAUGUGUUUUAAGUCUAAUAACUCUUGUAUGUAUAAUAGGCAUGGCAGGCAGUUAAUGUCUCACUGCUUCAUGUGAACAGUGGGCUCCUCUUAUUAGCCACUCCCUCUGAUAAGUCACGGUCCACCUGUCCCAGCCCGAGUAAAAGGACCCGCCCUGCCUGUGAAAGUCCUGCUCUCAGGGGCAGGAGGCGCAGAAGAGGGAAGCAGGUGAAAUGUGGCCCGACAGGUCUGAUGGCAGUGCAGAGAGACGUAGUCAGUGCAGUGAGGAUUGCUGAGUGACUGACAAGCCUGUCGGUCAGGUGGCUUUAGGAGCAGUCUGGCUGGAAUUAGGACAAUGACAUUGUUGUGUUUGUGCUGCUGAGAGCAGAGCUGGUUUGCACCUGUUCAUUUCACUGACUGAGGGGGAACCUCGCAGCCCUGAGGAUACCCACUGCAGACGCAGCAGCAGAAGCAGACUUAGAGUGGAAUUUCCCUCCAGUUCCCAGGCUGGGACCGGGGGCGAAUGGUCGCUCUGAGAAUCUGAGCAGAACUCAGGAAGGAGAGUGAGAGGAAGGGUGGGAGGACAGCCAGAGAGGGAGAGGAAGAGAAGCCAGGAGUGGACAUUAGAGGAGACAUGCUUCGCUACGGUUCAAGACCAACUGUUUCCACCACCACCACAACAACAGAGGAUUCUCCAGAGUCUUUAAGAGAGAGGAGAAUCAGACGCCUGAGGCUGACUCUGUAUCCCGGAGAAAAUGGAAACAAGGAGCCAAAAACUGAAAAGUCAGCCACUACUGAGAAUGAUAAAGAUGUCAAUGGGAUGUGGAAGAGGAAGAACGGGCUCAUCCAAAGAGAGAGUCCACCUGGCCAGGAGUCACCUCAGCAGCACCUCGGAGACAUGACCAAUGGGGUGCCAGAGACCUCGCUACGGCAUCAUGGGCCCAAAGUGUACGGUGUAGUGCAGAGGACAGGCUCGGAUAGACAGGAGGUGAUGGCACGCGAGUGGACAACCAGUCACCUACAGGAUGAGAUGAGAUACAUCAGGGAGGUGAGAGAUUCUCUUGAAAAGGUUAGAGAGCGGAUGUAUGGACAGUUUGGAGGAAUGCAGCAAUCAAUGCAGAAGCUUUCGCAGGAACUCAGGGCUGCCAAUGCACACAAGAGGAGUCUAGAGUCAGAGGUUAAGAUCCGCACGGCAGCCAUGGACAGCUUUGAUCAGAUGAACAGUUCCCUCAUAUCUGCUAACCUCACCUUGCAGAAAUCCCUUCUGGACGACUGUCAGAAGAGAGUGAGCUCGAGAGACGAUGUGAAGAGUUUGCGGAGCACCUAUGAGAAAACACAACAACAGCUCAGAGACAAGGAGCGUGAGCUGGCUGCAGUACAGGCUGAAAACCAAACUCUCAGGCUUCAGGUGGAGUCUUCACGGGAGGCCAACGAUAAGGCGCUAAAGGAGCUCUCGGAAAAGCUAGAGAAGGAGUACGAGGAAAAGCUGCUGGAAGAACAACGCAGGCACAGGGAGGAGAUUGAAAACCUACAGGCCCAACUCGAUGAGUACAUCAGACGACUGGAGGAAGCGGAGAGAAACAUCAAAAUCGCAGAAGCCAAGAUUGCAGAGAGGGACCAGAGGAUCAUGGAAGUGGAGCGUCUCCUGGACUGCAUGGGAAAGGAGAAGAGCCAACUGGAAAAGCAGCUGAAGGACUGCGAACAGCGCCUACGCCAGAUCGAGCUGACGGACAGAACUGACGAAACUGUAGCCAAAAGGUCCAAAGAGCUGCAAGGUGAAGCAGGUGAUCUCCGCGAGAGGAUCAAACACUUGAACGACAUGGUGUUCUGUCAACAGAGGAAGGUCAAAGGAAUGAUUGAGGAGGUCGAAUCUCUGCGAGCUCAAGUCGCUCAGAAGGACAUGUUCAUCUCUGAGCUUCUGGACAGAAUUGCAAUAGUGGAGUGCGAGAAUAAUGAAUUAGAAGACAAGCUCAAGUAUUUUAUGUCCACACAGAAUAAGACGCGAGAGGUUUUGGAAACCAGAGAGAUAGGAGUAGGCUGCGAUCUGCUCCCCAGACAUGAAGCACAGAGGUUUGAUGUUGAGCCUGUUCAGUGUGAACCAACUCAUCUCUAUCCCAUCCAACCCCCAUCACCUGAUCAUCCUCUAUCACCUGUGAAACUCCCAUCACCCACUGAACUACUGUCACCCACACAGCCUUUAUCACCCACUCAUCCUCUAUCACUUAGACCAAACCCUUCCUCCAUAGCGCCCUCAUCCCUGGCACAACCCUCAUCAUCACCUCCCAUUCAACAUCCAUCGCUCUCCCUAACACUGCCCACUCAGCCAAGGACGUUUAAGCUUAAUAACCCUCCCCCCAGCAGGCUAGAGUCAAGUUUACUAAGGUACACUCCUGUCCAGUACAGCCGCUUCCUGGAUUCCAGCCCCACACAGGAACGUGGGACAUUCUCCUACAUCCACCCAUCUGAGUCUGAAGCUGGUGUCAGUCCGGUCCAGCCUGGAGGAGACGAGCUGGACGCACAAACAAGCAGAGGCACACACUCCAUACCAGAGGAGUCCACUUCAUCCCCACCUUCUUCUCGACCACGAUCAGGAGUGCGAGUUUAUACACCGUUCAUGAAACUAAUGGAAAUGACAGCAAAGAUAAACAUCGAGCUAACAGUGAUGUCCUCGUCGUGGACAGAGCGCCAGGGAGAGGUGGGAGACCUGGGACACCUGAGUAAAGAAGAACUACAGGAACUGCUACUCCGACAAGAAAGGAUACUCAGUAACAAGAGGUUAUUGCAGACUCUACCUGACAAAGGGAAAAAGAUAAAAGACUUGGCAGAUAAAGUGCGACUUGCCAUUGAUGAUCACAGUGAGGAGGAGAGGAGACGAAGCCUAGUGUCUGUUGCGAGGACAGAGUUACAGUCCAAGUACCAGCAGGCUUUUGCUCACCGGCGUGCUGCCUCCAUCACACCAGCAGCCUCACAUCAAAACAGGCAAAAUGAGGCUGCUGCACAGGAGAGCGAGACCUCACCUGCCUCAGCGCAAGUGCAACAAAACCACACUUUGGACGAGCAACGAGAGUCGUUUGUCUCCGGAGCGACUGCUGUGGAAACCAUGGAAACGGCGGCUCGUGGGGCCUCUGUGAACUCUGAUGAAACAAAAGAGGGUGACCUUGUGGAGGCCCUGGAAAGGGUCACGGUGUCUGGAACUACUACUGGUGGCAGCAGCGAAUCCAAAGAGCCAUUAAACAGCAGUGCAAGAGACAAUUACUUUCUCAGAAAGCAACCACCAAAGAAGCCUCACUAUAUAACUGUCCUGGAAAAAACAGAGAAGUCUGCAGCUCCCAGGAAGCAAAAAUUUAAACCAAAUCAGCUGCCUCAUAGAAGUGACGUCUCUCCAUCAGGAUCUUCGUCACCCAGUCAGUCCUCCGAAGGCUCAUCGCCGCUGUCUGCGCAAGCCAGGAGGGAGCGGGACAGAAAACACCUGGAUGACAUCACUGCUGCCAAACUCCCCCCUCUCCAUCACAAUCCAGCCCAGCUCCUAUCUCUGGAGGAGUCAGCCGCACUGCUGAAGGAGCAAACCAAGAAACAGCUGGAGUUGCAGGCCAAGCUGGCAGCCCAGAAACUGUCUGAAGGAUUGAAGAUCUCUAUGGGGAGCUACACUCCUGACGGUGGCCCCAUGGCUGCCUACAGAGAGGUUCACGAUGAAGGAGCCCAGCUCUCCUCAGAGGAAGACUGAUCCUGGAGGGCCAGCUGGGGGACCAGUGUGACCUUGGCCCUGAGGGAAAGAGGCUUUGGACCUUGUGAGCAGGACCCAUCAGACAGGAUUUUCACUCCAAGGGCAACAAUUCUUCAAAGAGGAAAAGGGUCUUUUGCAUGGUGUGAAGGAAUAGUCGGUAUUCCAGACUGAACUCAGGAAAUUGAAUGACAGGUUGAGAAACUAGCUUACUUAAUUGUCAUUCAGUCUGUAGUGGGUUCAGUUGUUUCAGCGUUCUGCAGGAAUAACAACGCCUUCCGCUGACUACGACUCUUAAGUGCUAAAUUUGAAACAUGUGUCAUGUGGGAAAGUGUUUCUUGUCAGUAUGCUGAGACUGAUGACAUCAUGGCUUUGAGUGCUGUUCGCUGAGGUUUCUGUUUUUAGUAUUUUUAAUAAUUCAAUGCACUUAAAGCUCAUAAGCAGUGACUGUUUACAGCUUUGUGGAGAAGCAGACGUGAGCCUGCAAAUAGUUAUAUCAAACUUCAAUGUUACAGAAUGUGUAACACGAACAAAUAAAUCACAUGAUUU